AUGAAGGUUCAUCCUCAAGGUUUAACUAAAAAUGAUCCUCAGAACGUUAAAAAUCACAGGAAUUGGUUUCCAAAACCAAUUCCUAAAUCUAAAUCAUCAGACGAUGGACCGUUAUCUUUACUUGCUGCCAGUCUGCGUCAUCAAACUACUGAAUUCUUCAACAAGUCAACUUUACACGGUGUACGAUACAUAGCGGAAAAAGAACGUCCCUUUUGUGAAAAGUUCAUGUGGUUUAGCUUUACUUCUAUAGGAGCUGUCGCCACUUGUAUCAUUAUCGUGAGUUUGUGGGAGAAGUUCCAAACGAAUCCAACAAUCACAGGAUUAGAUACAGAUUUUCACAACUGGGAUGUACCAUUCCCAGCAGUCACCAUUUGUGAUCAAAAUCCAGUGGAUGAACAACUAAUGCAAGAUUAUAUAGAAAAAAUUUGGGGUUCUGAUCCUCCGGCUGGUGCUGAAAACAUGCUGCGGUGGUUAGCGACUUUAAAUUAUGGAUCCAUAGCUAAGAAGACAUCUCAAUUUGUGGAUUAUCAUGGACAGAACGACGGACUCGAGCCUGCUUUAAAACCCAAAGAUGCUGUUUUCAAUAUUGUCAGACGUUGCGAAACCUUAUUCUAUGAUUGUGAAUGGAAAGGAGAUUCUGAAGAAUGUUGCGACUUGUUAGUGCCCGUAUUUACAGAGAUGGGCUUUUGUUACGCGUAUAACUCAAGACAUGCAGAGAAGUCUUGGCCAUGGCAAACUCAAACCGAGCAAUUUUCAGAGGCUUUCAUUCAUGAAACUGACGCUAAAUGGUCAUUCAUGUUCAAUUCUUUUCGCAACGACACUACUAUCGAUAUUUACAUACACUCAACAGAAGAAAUGGCUGGUUUGGAACAAAUCGCUCAACAUUCUUGGGACCGUCGUGUUGAGAAAGUCUCUUUUUCUGUCAAACAUACGUACACUACAGAGGAUGCGCGGCAGCUUUCGAUUCGUCAAAGACGCUGUAUAUUCGUUGAUGAACAGAUUUUAGAAACAUCUAAUAUUUAUACAUACUCAGCAUGCAUGCGGCAAUGCCGUAUGCAGCAAUGCCAGUCCUUAUGCAAAUGCGUUCCACACUUUUAUCCACGCAUUAAGGGCUACAGACAUUGCACAGUAAAAGAGCUGGAUUGUAUUGCUAAAUACGCUGCCGUUAUAACUGACGUGACUCGUUGCUCUUGUGAACUAGGAUGUACUCAUACAGUGUACGAAGUUGAAAAACUUACAGAAAUUGACACGAGCAAAGGUCCAGUUGCUACUAAUUCAUUAGAAAUUGAAUUUGUGUCUUGGCCAAUGGUGAGGUACAAGCGUGAAGUACUUUUUGGAUGGGUGGACCUUUUAGUGUCUUUCGGCGGUAUAGCCGGCUUGUUCCUCGGCUUCUCUCUCCUGUCAGGGGUAGAGCUGAUCUACUAUUUCACUUUGCGCGCGUGCUGCGCGCUCGUGAGAGACAAGGAUACGUUGCGACGCGAGCGCGCUGAACGUCUGGCUAGACCCAAACCACCGCAUGACUUGAGUUUGGUGCCGUGGUGGAAGAAAGCGCCAAUACCUGUUGGGGAGAGACCUAUUAAACUGAGCGUGAAAGAAAUCCAGCCUCCGCAAUAUUCGCCACCACCCAUCUAUACUGAAUAUUUACCAUAAAAGGAAAUGAAUAACGAAUAUAAAGAAUUGGUUAAUUAAAUUAUUUCUGUACACUUUCCUUUUUCCAUCGU